AUGAGGAUACUUUGCCUUCAUGGCUUCGGCAUGAAUCCCGACAUUAUGAAGCGCCAAAUGUCAACGAUAAGAAAGAUCUGUGAUCCAAGCUGGGAGUUUCACUUUCUCGCUGGAAAUAUUGAAUGUUCACCCGCACCUGGCGCUGAAGCCAUGCCCGGCCCGUAUCUCUGCUACACAUCGACCUUUGAUCCUGCCAGCAUGAGAGCAGCAGAAGCUCUAGUCCAUGCAGAAUUUGAGAAAGAAGGACCAUUCGACGGUGUUUUCGGCUUUAGCACGGGCGCAUCAAUUUUGGCUGCCUAUCUCCUUGGGCAGCGUGUCGCACAACCAGACAAACCCCUUCCUGUUCAAUUCGCUAUUUUCUGCUCGGCAGUGCCUAUCAUUGCGUCAGACCCUACCUACUACCAGGCGAUCUACGGUUCGCUUUCCCAGGAAGAGGAACGAAUCAUUCGCUCGGCUCAGUAUGAUCAAUACCUGAAGCUCCCAGAACCCAUUCAAUCUGCAGUGACGGUCAUAGGGAACGUGACCGAUAUGCUGAAGCCCGUGCUCCGCAAUUCUCGCUUGUUCUUUUUGGAUCGAUCGCCAUUGGAGAUCCCAUGUCCUUUGAACCCGGAUUUGUAUACGGCGCGUCUCAACAUCCCCACCUUGCAUACUCGGGCAACGAGAGAGCCGCCGGCUUUCAAAGAAUCAUCGUUGGCGGUGGAAUCUUUUUGUGUCCCUACGCUGCGAAGAACAUUUGAGCAUAGUGUUGCUCAUGGUCUUCCAAAAAAGUUGGAAGAGAUUCAAAAUAUGGUUGCCGCUAUGGAAGAAGUGAUUGGCUCAGAUCGUCGGGCGAGGUUAUGA